AUGACUGAAUAUAAAGAUGAAGGAACAGAAAGCAAGGUUCUCAAGCUGAUUUUAGAAGCUGGUUAUGAUUGCUGUAGCUCUGUCAAUUCUGUGCGAGAACUGCUUGCCAAUCAAGCGAGUAUUGACGAGAAAGAUGUAGCUCAGGUAUUGGGAUGUAUGGCGCGUACCUAUAUCAAUAUGACAGGUGUUGGUAACACUGAUAACGCAAAUGAUACUUGGAAUGUAGAAAACUUUGUCACUGUCAUAAAGGAAAAAGUACCCGAAUUAAACUGGCUACAAGUAUAUCAAAGCUUGGAUUAUCCACACUUUUUUUUGUUUGACGGAAAAGGCUUGGACGUACUGAUCAGAGCCUGGAAAGCGUGUCCUAACGAACAUCAUCCAUUUCCUGCUCAUGUUUUCUUUGGUGAAUGGGAAAACUUGCGAGGUCAGCUCACGGCCUUGUAUCAAAUCGCCAUUGCACCUAUCGAUACAGUCAAUUCUGUUGUAUGCUCAAAAAAGACAGUUAUCAAAGCAGAAGAUUUUAACCAGUCGAGUGCACACAUUCGCUCUAUGGCAUCCCAGCUAUUAAAUGAUCAGCUCAACUCAUUGGAUUUGAUUGAACGCAUCAUCAAACUUGCCGAUACGUCUGUUGCAGUUGACGUCAAAGUACUAUUGGAAAAGAUUCUGACCAAGAAAGCGCCUGAAUUGUUAUUUAUGGGAUUGCUUCAGAUUGAUCCAAUGGCAAAUUCAGUGCAUGAGGAUCUGCUGAAUCGUCUCAUCAACUUUUAUUUGGUAGGCAGUGCAAGCAGUGUAUUGGUCAUGACAAAGUUCUAUAAAGUCAAGCCAGAAUUAUUCAAAAAGAGCAUUGUUGAUCUGUACAGCAAAGAGCCUACUUCAUUGACUCGUAUUUUAGCAUUUGUUCAUGAAUUAAAGAUUCUUCCUGUUAUUCUUGAUAUCCCAUCCUUUUUGUUCACUAUAGACUUAGCUGCGUUGGCAACUCGCCGUGAAUACCUUAAUCUUGAAAAAUGGCUUCAAGAUAAAAUAACUGAACAUGGACAAGUAUUCUCUCAAGCAUGUUUGAAAUUUCUGGGCAACAAAGUUAGAGCAGAGCUUGCAAGACAAGACUCAAAUGAUGCACCCAUCACUGUACCAUUGUCUAUGGAUGUUGUCAACGUGUUUGUCAAAGUGACAUUGGACAACCUUAGCCUUCCUGAAAAAGACUUAUUGAGAGAUAUUCAUUCCACUUAUGUUCAACUCUCACAGAAGCUACUGGGAAUAGAGCCACCAGUAGCAACAUCUGAACUCAUUCUUGCUACACCAAAUACAACAGCAAAUCCCAAUAAUACUCUUAUUACAAAUGCUAUUGCAACAAGUAAUGCUUCAAACGCUGUCUUCUUGCCAGCCACAACGACUCAGGGAGAGGCUACUUUUAAACAAGAAAUUGAAGACGAGGCCAAUUCUUACUAUGAACGUAUCUAUAGUGGAGAAAUCACAAUUGACGAGAUGGUCGAACGUUUGAUUCAAUUCAGUAAAUCCAACAAUCCUCAUGAACAAGAUGUCUUUGCUUGUAUGAUUCACAACUUGUUUGACGAAUACAACUUCUUUCCUAAAUAUCCUGAUAAAGAACUGGCUAUCACCAGUAUCUUGUUUGGUCAAUUGGUGCAAAAGCAACUGGUUUCGUUUGCCCCCCUGGGCAUUGCAUUACGUUGCGUUUUGGAUGCUCUCAAGAACCCACCUGGAUCUAAAAUGUUUAAUUUUGGUAUUCAAGCCCUCACUCAGUUCCAAUCUCGACUACCUGAAUGGCCUCAAUACUGUGCUCAUCUUUUAAAGAUCCCUGCUCUUCAGCAAGCAAGCCCUGACUUGGCCCAUAUGAUCAAGUUCUCAGUACAUGUAGGAAGAAUGCCUCAGCAACAUCCAGAUGAAAAUGGACUACCUGAUCUCUCCAAUUCAACCUUGAACGAUCCUUCAAAGAUUGUCAAGGCAUUAUCCGAUAUUUUUACUGCUGUGCAUGUACCAGAAAUUGCUGUGGAUGAAAGCAUUGUCUAUGAAACACCCACUGAAGCCAUUCAAGACAAGAUAUUGUUUAUUAUCAAUAAUGUCGCUCUCAACAACCUAGAAUUGAAAUGCAACGAUUUGAAAGAGAACUUGAAGCAAUCAGCCUAUCAAUGGUUUAGUAACUAUCUUGUCGUUAAGCGCGCUAGCAUUGAGCCCAACUACCAUGAUCUUUACUUGCUUCUACUCAAAUCUGUCAAUAGCUCAUUGUUAUACCAGCAUGUACUUCGUGAAACAUUCGCUAAUAUCAAGAUACUUCUCAACUCUGAAAGCACUGUAUCUUCUUCCACAGAACGCACCUUGUUGAAAAACUUGGGUGCUUGGCUUGGUGGCAUGACAUUGGCUCAAAACAAGCCUAUUGUCCAAAAGUACAUUGCGUUCAAAGAGUUGCUUUUGGAAGGCUAUGACCAUAAUCGUCUGAUUGUUGUCAUUCCUUUUGUUUGCAAAGUGUUAGAACAGGGUACCAAAAACACAGUAUUUGUUCCCCCUAAUCCAUGGGUCAUGGCCAUCCUGAGAUUGCUUGUCGAACUCUAUCAAAACGCAAACCUCAAAUUGAACCUGAAGUUUGAAAUUGAAGUAUUGUGUAAGAGUCUCUCAAUAGAACUCGGUAAUAUCAAGCCUUCUAUCGUCUUGAAAAACAGACAACCCAAGAACCGCCUUCCAACAACAACUGCUGUUGUUGCAAAACCAGAAGAAGAGAUCAUGACCCAUUCUCCUUUUGGACAACCUGCAAGACCUUCUAUUACCAACUUGAUUGCAUCAGUAGAGGCCAACACGAAUGAUGAAGAAGCUAUGCCUAUCAAUAUUCCUAAUCUGGGUCCUUACUUGACAUUUAAUCCUCAAAUUGUCAUGUAUACUACUCAGCCCAACUCUAAGCGCUGGGUGCUUCAAGCGAUCACUCAAUCAAUCCGUGAAAUUAUUGGUCCUGUUGUUGAACGUUCUGUAGCCAUUGCUUCUGUGUCUACCAGAGAACUUGUUACUAAAGACUUUUCAAUGGAAUCUGACGAGAAUAGAGUCAGAAAGGCAGCUCAUUUGAUGGCUCAGAGUUUAGCUGGGAGUUUAGCCCUUGUGACAUGUAAAGAUCCUCUUCGAACUACAAUGGCUAAUCAUUUACGUGCGGUCUUUAUGACAAACGGUCUAAGCGAAGUCAUUGCUGAACAAGCAGCCAUGUUGACAGUGACUGAUAAUCUUGAUCUUGUUUGUGCGGUCAUAGAGCAAGCGGCGAUGGAAAAGGUGACAAUAGAAGUAGAUGAAGCCUUGAUGAAUGCCUAUGCUAGCCGCAAAAAGCAUCGAGAACAGCGUGGUAAUGCUCAACCUUACUUUGAUAUGGAUUUUUUCAACUUGUCACGCUACCCUGCUACAUUGCCUGAACCAUUGCGUCCUAAGCCUAAUGGACUUCAGCCUAAUCAACUGCGUGUCUAUGAGGACUUUGUACGUAUGCCUCGAUCUGUUCCUGCUACUUCACCUCCAUUAGCUCCACCACCUGCUGGUCAGGUCAUCGAUCCCCCUCUUUUAGACCAACAACAACGACUUUUGCGUAGUCGUCCUGAUUUGCUGCAUUUAAAUGGGUACAAUAACAACGUUAUGUUGCCCAACUUUGAUACAGCUCAACAACAACAACAACAACAAUUCCAACAACAAGCCAACGCCCAUCAACUAUUAGAACGAUUUGCUCAAUGCAUUAAUGAACUUGAAAAACUAAUCAGUAUGACCAAUGUGCAUAAUUUCAGCGCUUUACCAAUGCAACAUGACAUUAUUGCUAUUAUCCGUCAAAUCUCUUUAUUGGCAGUAUCCAGCUUUGAUAAGGCCGAAACUGCCAGAAUGUUUGCUCAAAAAGUAGUUCAGUUGCUUUACAAGAGUGAAAGUCAAUUAGGUCGCGAAGUCUAUGUUGUCUUGUUGGAAAGACUAUGCGACGUAUCUCCUAAUGUAGGUGCUCUCGUCACCUCCUGGUUAACACAUGCUGAUGAUGAACGCAAAUACAAUGUGCCUGUGACAGUAGCUUUAAUUAAGGCCAACUUGAUUAAUUUGCCUGAACAAGAUCAAGAAUUAGCCACCUUGAUUGACAGUGGUCGUAUGAGUGCUAUUGAUUUUGCUGCUCGUUUGAUUCGUUCAUGCUUAUUUGAUGAAAUACCCUUAGCUAGCCGCCAAGAAUUUAUGGCUUCAUUGGAAGCAUUGAGCAGAUUAAGAGGCAACAUUCCCGAGAGUGUGUUGGUGUUGAUGGAUGACAUGCGUAGACGAUUGACUUCUAAUUCAUCAGGUAUGUCUACACCCUUGAUGCCUCAAGUUCAACAAGAAGGAUUACAACCAACAGAAGAUGACAACGGUCUUGGAGAGCACCUCCGCAUUUUGUUUAGUGAAUGGGUCAGAAUCUACAACCAUCCUACAUCAUCUGAAAAGGUUUUGAAUGCAUUUGUCAUCCAAUUGUCUCAGCAAGGCAUUUUUAAGAUGGAAGACGUGUCUUCUUUAUUUUAUCGCAUCUGUAUUGAAACCAGUAUUGAGCAUGCUAUCAAGUACAAGCAAUUGCCUGGACAACCCUCUGGACUUGCUUAUCAACCUAUUGAUGCCUUUUCGAAGUUGGUAGUCAGCCUUCUAAAGUUACAACAGCCUUCUACGCCAGUUGGAACACCAGCUGCAGAUGCUCAAGAUAUUGCUCGAGUGACAUUGUUCAACAAAGUACUGUCUAUUAUUGUCUUGGUUGCAGCUCAACACCAUGAACGCCGUCAACAACAAUUUAAUCAACGUCCAUUCUUGCGUUUGUUUACAAGUCUAUUUAGCGAUUUACACGCAGCAGAACAACAGAUUCAGACGAUUUAUAUUCCUAUUUUAACAGCCAUCAGUAAUACUUUUAAUACGCUUCAACCAUCUCAGUUCCCUGGAUUGACCUUUGCCUGGCUUCAGUUGAUCUCCCACCGAUUGUUCAUGCCAAAACUUUUAUUAGCUGAAAAUCAAAAGGGAUGGCCUGCUUUUCAACGUUUGUUGAUUUGUUUGUUCAAGUUCAUCGGACCUUUUUUGGAAACCAAUCAACUCAAGGAUACAACUCGUUUACUUUACAGAGGCAUUUUGAGAGUCUUGUUGGUAUUACUUCAUGAUUUCCCUGAAUUCCUCUGUGAUUACCAUUACAGUCUUUGCGAUGUGAUUCCAUCAUCUUGUAUUCAACUACGCAACCUUAUCCUCAGCGCAUUUCCUCGCAACAUGCGACUUCCCGACCCAUUUACGCCCAAUCUCAAAAUUGAUUUACUGCCUGAGAUCAACCAAUCCCCCAACAUCUUGUCCGACUAUACCUCUGUACUACUCAAGAGCAAUCUCAAGCGAGAACUUGAUGCCUUUUUGACGUCCUCACAUGCACCCGAGUUGUUCUUGAAGCAGUUGCCUUCUCGCUUGAUGCAAGACAAGGCUAAAUACAACACGCCACUUGUCAAUGCACUUGUAUUCUAUAUUGGUGUUGUAGGUGUCAAUGAAAACAUGCCCGUCAAUCAAGGCGCACCUAUUGAAAUAUUCCAGUAUCUUUUGAAUGAACUCGAUUCUGAAGGACGAUAUGUAUUCUUGAAUGCAAUUGCUAACCAGCUUCGAUACCCUAAUAGCCAUACACAUUACUUUAGUUGUGUUAUUUUGUUCUUAUUUGCCGAAAGUAACAAGGACUUUACCAAAGAGCAAAUCACGCGUGUUCUCUUGGAACGUUUGAUUGUAAAUCGUCCACAUCCAUGGGGUCUUUUGAUCACUUUUAUUGAAUUGAUCAAGAAUCCACGCUAUAGUUUCUGGAACCAUUCUUUCACUCGAUGUGCUACUGACAUUGAACGUUUGUUUGAAAGUGUUUCAAGAUCUAUUAAUCAAAUUUAA